GUUGAUUGCUGCUCGCCGGAACUUAAAAGCUUACAAAUCGUGAAGCCCUAUGAGGGCGUUUGCAAGUGCGUGGGCCAAUUGCGCAAUCUGCAAGCUGCUCAGAUCGGGCGUAUCCGUAUCAAUGCGCAAGCAAUAUCAAUAUUAAGUUCACUAUUACAACAUCGAAGCUUUGCCAGCUGCCGUGGCGGUUUGUAAGCGGAUCGGUCGGAGAUGCCAUUUGGGAAGGUCAUUGCGCAGACACUGUGGGGCUUGGGUUACCAGCGAAGCGGUGCCAGUGGUGCAGAUGUGCUCAGCUAUAAAUAACCACAACGUUACGCAUUGCAGCAUCAGUUCAAACGCAAUCAACAAAUCGAUUAGAUCGACAGGAUGCAUCGCCUCGUUUGUUUAUUAGCCACACUAGUUGCAGCUUCGUGGAGCCUUGCAGCGGGCUCCACUCUAAGACCCAUCAUCAAGAUCACGCGUACUGCAGCGCCGUCAGUGCAACGCGGCUACCAGGAGCAGGACACAGCGCGCGCCUUCUACUCCUACGGCUACAGCGACGAGAAUGCAGCCAGAGCGGAGUACACUGCAUUGGAUGGCACCUCGCGUGGCUUCUACUCCUAUGUGGAUCCCAAUGGAGAGUUGCAGACGGUCAAGUACGAGGCAGGCGGUCGGGACGGCUUCAAAGCGGAGGGUACCAAUCUGCCCAAAGCUCCCGUCGAUGACAAGAAGCCGCCAUUGCCAGUGAGCGACACGGCUGAGGUCCAGGAGGCGCGUAAGGCCCACCUCAGUGCUAUACGUGAGGCUCAGAAGAAUGCUGAGAAGCAGCAGCAACAGGAGGAGCAGCAGGAGGAGGAGCAGGAGCAGAGCGAGGAACAGCGCCUGAGUGAUGAGGAUGCAGAUAUACUGGAACGGGUGCGGGCAGAGCUGACUUCCAUGCUGGCGGAGCGACAGCGGGGUGAGGCGCAGAAGGAAAAUCAAAAGGCGAAGGCAGCAGCUGCAGAGGAGAACAACAACCGGCAGAGCGAGCAGGAGAGGGAGCCAGAGCGCGAGCGAGAGAGGAAACUGGAGCGCGAAAGAAAGACAGAACCCGAGCGGGAACGUACACAGACCCAAGCCAUUCCGCGUUCACGAGAGCAGCGUCUCAAGCUAUCAAGCGAUGCCAACGAUCAGCGUCUGCGCACCGUCUAUAGCCUGGAGGACCUCAGGUCCAGCAGCUACCUGAAGCUGAGCGAUCUAAGCGAGGAUCGUCAGGAUGUGCGUGUGCCAGUCAGCGCCUACUACUCUUACGUCUCACCCGAUGCCAAAUACAGCGUGACCACUCCCACCGAGCUGAGAACCCUGCGACCCGUUGCACUGAGUCGCAGCCUGGUUUUGACCAAACGGAACUAGAAUACAUGCGUUGAAUUGUUGACCCUGGUGAAAUUCGGACUUUAUUUAAGCUUAGUGCUAAGAAUAAAUGCAUUCUGUGCACCAUA